CAGCGUCAAGAGCUCCUCGUAUAUUCCAUUUUAAUUCACUCUAUCAAGUUUUUACGAUUCCCCCCCCAUUCCCCUGACCCCCGUCCCGCAAUCAAUAGAUCAAGUUCGGUCAAUCAAUUCCCAAAACAAAUUGAAUGACUCGACGCAGAUAAAUUACUCAUAAAAAUCAUCAAGAAGUCUUACCCCAGAUAAAGAGAACAUAAAAUAAAAUUCGCGCGCGAAAAGUCGUGACAAUAGACUGAUUGAAAAUUUAAAAAAUUGAUUAGUGAGAAAAUCAUGAAGAGUUACCUGAUCUUGGUUUGGGCAGUUUUAUCCGUCGCAUGUGUCGUCUCGGGAUAUCCCCAGGAGCGUCUAAUGCCAGAUGGCGGGGCAGUACCUGAAGACCAGUCUGGCCAUGAGGACUCGGUAGCAGCUGCAUCGGAGGUGCAUGGAGGUGACUACGAAGAUUCAGACGACUCCGACAUGUAUAUGGAGCCUGAUGGAGCUGAGACUGUUGAGCAGAACCCGAAGACAGCGGAUCUGCCGAGGGAGCCAGAGGUCACGCUGUCAGCAGCCUCAUCCGUCACUUCAUCGCCGAUCAUCGAAGAGACGAGAGUCACGGCUACGGUAUCUGAGCCGGUGCAGAAUCCAGAGCCAAGGCCGGAUGACAGAUCACUCGUUCCAGAGAGCCAGAACUUCUUCCCGUCGUUUGCGGAAUUGUUUGCUAAUCAGAGGCUGCCCUACGCGGAUCAGCAGCAGCAGAGAUUCCGACCAAAUCGCUUCCUCGGAUACUUCCAGAGGGAUCGCAGCUCUGGGUAUCAAACAGCUGCCACCAACGUGAAGGACAGCACACAACAUCCACUUCUGGGAUCAGGCAACUUCGGUGUCAUUCGUGGUGGGACUUAUUAUCCGGAGGACAAGGAGGCUGAAGAGUACUCCGUUGAUGAGAGCUUGUACAAUCCGUAUUACUCGUCGAGUGCCGCCAGGGGUCGGGCCUACUACCGCAACCCCAAGCCUCAGCCAAUCCGUGGUGGUGACUUCUUCGCCAACUUCCGGGACUUUGCCGAUAUCACAGCUCCACCCAAAUCCAGCUUCUCGCACCUGUCAGUCGUUUACGCUAACAGGAAUGGCACGAAGGGUCGGACCAACGAGCCGAGGAACAUCAUCGAGACCCUCCGAAUGCUCGAGGAACAGGGAGAUGAUGAUGUCAAUGGCAUGACCACCACCACGGAAACUCCCACAAAGAAACUCAGCCAGGGUAAAAGGAAACUCAUCAAGAUAAAGAAGUACCAGGACGACAAGGCUAGGAAAUCACGCAUGACCAAUUUUGAGCCCCUGCUUGCCCUCAGCUGAACAAUCGAUGGAAAAUCGUAAUGGUUAUUUGAUGCGUGCUAAUAGUGUAUGUGAAUCGAGUGGAGAGUGCUUCGGGGAUUCGUGUCCCAGCGGAAUCUGGCCUCGAGAGAUCAGAACCAAAGUCUGAAUAAUUUUUCUUCUCUUUUGCAGUUUCAAUUUUCAUUUCUUUCUGGGGAUAUAUCGGGGAAAUGCAUCGGCCGAUUCAUUGAAAUUCUUUACGAGGAGAGGUGCAAUGAACUAUCAUCACCAAUCAGUGAAUUCAAAAAUCACUCACUAAUGACGAAAGCUCCUUAGCUCCCUCUCUCCGUGUGGCCAAUCGCGACAAUAUCAUGGACUUUAUUAUUAUUAUUAUUUGUAUUAUUAUAAUAUUAUUUUGUAAAAGUGAAAGUAUCAAUUGGUGGUAUUAAUGAGUGAGGAAGAUUCCUACCGCUAUGGAAAGUUAUCUGUAGGCCUCAAAAUCGAGGAGAUGGUGGAGAAUUUAUUGGCAUUCCUUGUAUUUUAAUAAAAAAAAAUGUAAUCACAUCAGCGUAAAUCAGAAUUGAAUUGAAUUACUUGGGUUAAAUGAGAAAGUACUGAAUUUCGUAGUUAAAUGGUAAAGCAGUACGACUUCCGGUUCUGCAUUACCGUCUAACUACCCAAGUCAUUGCGCAUUAAUAAAUUAGCCAAUAAAUUUCUCCCCGUGGCCAGCAUUGAAUAUACUCCAUCGAUCUGGUCUUCAUCUCCACCGAAGCUGUCAUAAAGUUGCACCACAACUUAAUUCCAGCUUCAACCCAUUGUUAUAAUUUGUUGUUGACUAUUGUAGUUCUAACUCUAGCCUAACCUAUCAACAAUUCACAGACAAGAUUCCCGGUGUAGAACAAUGGAGCGUAAAAAUACAUAUCUCACAAUUAUAAACUUGUCAUGGAGGUGAUAUAAAGAACCUGAAUAAAGAAUAUUUUAAGUAA